CACACAAAGGAUCAGGAUGAUGGCUUUACACACUGCACUCAUCUUUUUGUUCAUGUUACAGAAAGCCAUGAACCAGCAAUCAGAUAAGAGAGUGAUCGUGGGUCUACGCAUGCGAGUCCAGAGCAGAGCCACAAAUGAAGAAACAAUAAAUGCUGUACAGAACUCUAUUCUUGACCUCGAGUCAUUCAUGAAAAUUCUGCAUUGUGAUACCUGCAAUGUACGACUAGUGAAAAUUACAUCAUCAGCUAAGCCACCAAUCACCAGCUCCUCAACAACAACAACACCAACACAAAUGACAACAUUAGAGCCAAUGACCAUCGCUACCAACAUUGUUGCAACAACAACAACACACCCAAAGACAACAGCAGCAACAAAGCUACUGACCACCACCAUAAUUCCAACAACAUUAACACUGCCACUACAGACUACAAUAACAGACACAACAACCACCCUUACUGUCCCAACAACAACACUGAUGACAACAAGAGAAUUACCAGCCAACACCACUACUGUCCCAACAACAGCAACAACAAUACAAUCACAGAUGAUGACCACCACUGCUGUCCCAACAACAACACAACAACAUAUGACAACAUUAGAGCCACUGACCACCACUAUCAACACUGUUGCAACAACAACACAACCACAGACAACAACAAAACUGUUGACCACCUCACCACCAAAUCCAACAUCAAUAACACUGCCACUACAGAUGACAACAGAGUCACUGACCAACACCACAGCUGCCCCAACGAAACAGUCACCCACCACCACAGCUUCCCCAACGACACAGUUACCCACCACAACAGUUGCCCCAAAGACAGUGUCACCAACCACCACCACAGCUGCCCCAAUGACAGUGUCACCCACCACCACAACAGUUGCCCAUACGACAAUGACAGUGUCACCCACAACCACUACAGUUCCCCCUACGACAACAACAGUGUCGCCAACCACCACCACAGCUGCCCCAACAACAGAGUCAACCACAGCAGCCCCAAUGAAAACGACAGGGUCACCCACAACCACCACUGUUGCCACAACGACAGAGUCAACCACCACCACAACAAUUGCACUUACAUCAACAAAAGGGUCACCCACAACCACCACAGUUGCCCCAACGACAACGACAGUGUCACCAACCACCACCACAGUUGCCCCAACAACCGUGUCACCCACGACCACAACAGUUGCCCCUACGACAACGACAGUGUCACCCACGACCACAACAGUUGCCCCUAUGACAACAACGGUGUCACCAACCACCACCACAGCUGCCCCAACAACAAGUUGCCCCUACGACAACGACAGUGUCACCCACAACCACAACAGUUGCCCCUACGACAACGACAGUGUCACCAACCACCACCACAGCUGCCCCAACAACAGAGUCAACCACAGCAGCCCCAACGACAGUGUCACCCACAAUCACCACAGUUGCCCCAACGACAACGACAGUGUCACCAACCACCACCACAGUUGCCCUAACGACCGUGUCACCCACGACCACAACAGUUGCCCCUACGAUAACGACAGUGUCACCAACCAUCACCACAGCUGCCCCAACAACAAAGUCAACCACAGCAGCCCCAACGACAAUGACAGUGUUACCCACAACCACCACAGUUGCCCCAACGACCCUGUCACCCACAACCACAACAUUUGCCACUACGACAACGACAGUGUCACCCACGACCACAAUAGUUGCCCCUACGACAACGACAGUGUCACCAACCAGCACCACAGCUGCCCCAACGACACCGACAGUGUCACCCACCACCACCACAGUUGCCCAAACGACAACGACACUGUCACCAACAACCACCACAGUUGCCCCAACAACAACGACAGUGUCACCCACCACCACAACAGCUGCCCCAACGACAGUGUCACCCACCACCACAACAGCUGCCCCAACGACAGUGUCACCAACCACCACAACAGUUGCCCCUACGACAGUGUCACAAACCACCACCACAGCUUCCCCAACAACAAAGUCAACCACAGCAGCCCCAACAACAACAGUGUCACCCACAACCACCACUGUUGCCACAACGACAGAUUCAACCACCACCACCACAACAACUGCACUUACGACAACGACAGGGUCACCCACAACCACCACAGUUGCCCCAAAAACAACGACAGUGUCACCAACCACCACCACGGUUACCCCAACGACCGUGUCACCCACGACCACAACAGUUGCCCAUACGACAAUGACAGUGUCACCCACGACCACAACAGUUGCCCCUACGACAACGACAGUGUCACCAACCACCACCACAGCUGCCCCAACGACCGUGUCACCCACGACGACAACAGUUGCCCCUACGACAACGACAGUGUCACCGACAACCACCACUGUUGCCACAACGACAACAACAGUGUCACCAACGACCACCACAGUUGCCCCAACGACCGUGUCACCCACGACCACAACAGUUGCCCCUACGACAACGACAGUGUCACCCACAACCACAACAGCUGCCCCAACAAUAAAGUCAACCACAUCAGCCCCAACGACAAUGACAGUGUCACCCACCACCACCACAGUUGCCCCAACAACCACCACCACAACGACAGUGCCACCAACCACCACAACAGUUGCUCCAACGACAGUGACACCAACCAUCACCACAGCUGCCACAACAACAACGACAGUGUCACCAACGACCACCACAGCUGCCCCAAAAACAACGACAAUGUCACCAACCACCACCACAGCUGCCCCAACAAUAACUACAGUGUCACCAAGCACCACCACAGUUGCCCCAACGACAGUGUCACCCACAACCACCACAGUUGCCACAACAACAAAGUCAACCACAGCAGCCCCAACGACAGUGUCACCGACAACCACCACUGUUGCCACAACGACAACAACAGUGUCAACAACGACCACCACAGUUGCCCCAACGACCGUGUCACCCACGACCACAACAGUUUCCCCUACGACAACGACAGUGUCACCCAUGACCACAACAGUUGCCCCUACGACAACGACAGUGUCACCCACAACCACAACAGCUGCCCCAACAAUAAAGUCAACCACAUCAAGCCCAACGACAAUGACAGUGUCACCCACCACCACCACAGUUGCCCCAACGACAGUGUCACCAACCACAACCACAGGUGCCCCAACGACAGUGUCACCAACCACCGCCACACCAGUCACAACGACAGUGUCACCCACCACCACAACGACAGUGCCACCCACCACCACAACGACAGUGCCACCCACCACCACAACGACAGUGCCACCAACCACCACAACAGUUGCUCCAACGACAGUGACACCAACCACCACCACAGCUGCCACAACAACAACGACAGUGUCACCAACGACCACCACAGCUGCCCCAAAAACAACGACAAUGUCACCAACCACCACCACAGCUGCCCCAACAAUAACUACAGUGUCACCAAGCACCACCACAGUUGCCCCAACGACAACGACAGUGUCACCCACAACCACCACAGUUGCCACAACAACAAAGUCAACCACAGCAGCCCCAACGACAGUAUCACCGACAACCACCACUGUUGCCACAACGACAACAACAGUGUCACCAACGACCACCACAGUUGCCCCAACGACCGUGUCACCCACGACCACAACAGUUGCCCCUACGACAACGACAGUGUCACCCAUGACCACAACAGUUGCCCCUACGACAACGACAGUGUCACCCACAACCACAACAGCUGCCCCAACAAUAAAGUCAACCACAUCAAGCCCAACGACAAUGACAGUGUCACCCACCACCACGACAGUUGCCCCAACAACAGUGUCACCAACCACAACCACAGAUGCCCCAACGACAGUGUCACCAACCGCCACCACAGCAGUCACAACGACAGUGUCACCCACCACCACAACGACAGUGCCACCCACCACCACAACGACAGUGCCACCAACCACCACAACAGUUGCUCCAACGACAGUGACACCAACCACCACCACAGCUGCCACAACAACAACGACAGUGUCAUCAACGACCACCACAGCUGCCCCAAUAAUAACAACAAUGUCACCAACCACCACCACAGCUGCCCCAACAACAACUACAGUGUCACCAAGCACCACCACAGUUGCCCCAACGACAACGACAGUGUCACCCACCACCACCACAGUUACCCCAACGACAACGACAAUGUCACCAACCACCACCACAGCUGCCCCAACAACAACGACAGUGUCACCAAGCACCACCACAGUAACCCCAACGACAACAACAGUGUCACCAACAACCACAACAGAUGCCCCAACGACAGUGUCACCAACCACCACCACAGCUGCCCCAACAACAGAGUCAACCACAGCAGCCCCAACGACAACGACAGUGUCACCCACAACCACCACAGUUGCCACAACAACAAAGUCAACCACAGAAGCCCCAACGACAGUGUCACCGACAACCACCACUGUUGCCACAAUGACAACAACAGUGUCACCAACGACCACCACAGUUGCCCCAACAACCGUGUCACCCACGACCACAACAAUUGCCCCUACGACAACGACAUGUCACCCACAACCACAACAGCUGCCCCAACAAUAAAGUCAACCACAUCAAGCCCAACGACAAUGACAGUGUCACCCACCACCACCACAGUUGCCCCAACGACAGUGUCACCAACCACAACCACAGCUGCCCCAACGACAGUGUCACCAACCACCACCACAUCAGUCACAACGACAGUGUCACCCACCACUACAACGACAGUGCCACCCACCACCACAACGACAGUGCCACCAACCACCACAACAGUUGCUCCAACGACAGUGACACCAACCACCACCACAGCUGCCACAACAACAACGACAGUGUCACCAACGACCACCACAGCUGCCCCAAAAACAACGACAAUGUCACCAACCACCACCACAGCUGCCCCAACAAUAACUACAGUGUCACCAAGCACCACCACAGUUGCCCCAACGACAGUGUCACCCACAACCACCACAGUUGCCACAACAACAAAGUCAACCACAGCAGCCCCAACGACAGUGUCACCGACAACCACCACUGUUGCCACAACGACAACAACAGUGUCACCAACGACCACCACAGUUGCCCCAACGACCGUGUCACCCACGACCACAACAGUUGCCCCAACAAUAAAGUCAACCACAUCAAGCCCAAUGACAAUGACAGUGUCACCCACCACCACCACAGUUGCCCCAACGACAGUGUCACCAACCACAACCACAGCUGCCGCAACGACAGUGUCACCAACCGCCACCACAGCAGUCACAACGACAGUGUCACCCACCACCACAACGACAGUGCCACCCACCACCACAACGACAGUGCCACCAACCACCACAACGACAGUGCCAAAAACCACCACAACGACAGUGCCACCAACCACCACAACAGUUGCUCCAACGACAGUGACACCAACCACCACCACAGCUGCCACAACAACAACGACAGUGUCACCAACGACCACCACAGCUGCCCCAAAAACAACGACAAUGUCACCAACCACCACCACAGCAGCCCCAACGACAACGACAGUGUCACCCACAACCACCACAGUUGCCACAACAACAAAGUCAACCACAGCAGCCCCAACGACAGUGUCACCGACAACCACCACUGUUGCCACAACGACAAUAACAGUGUCACCAACGACCACCACAGUUGCCCCAAUGACCGUGUCAACCCCGACCACAACAGUUGCCCCUACGACAACGACAGUGUCACCCAUGACCACAACAGUUGCCCCUACGACAACGACAGUGUCACCCACAACCACAACAGCUGCCCCAACAAUAAAGUCAACCACAUCAAGCCCAACGACAAUGACAGUGUCACCCACCACCAAGAAAGUUGCCCCAACGACAGUGUCACCAACCACAACCACAGCUGCCCAAACUACAGUGUCACCAACCACCACCACACCAGUCACAACGACAGUGUCACCCACCACCACAACGACAGUGCCACCCACCACCACAACGACAGUGCCACCAACCACCACAACAGUUGCUCCAACGACAGUGACACCAACCACCACCACAGCUGCCACAACAACAACGACAAUGUCACCAACCACCACCACAGCUGCCCCAACAAUAACUACAGUGUCACCAAGCACCACCACAGUUGCCUCAACGACAACGACAGUGUCACCCACAACCACCACAGUUGCCACAACAACAAAGUCAACCACAGCAGCCCCAACGACAGUGUCACCGACAACCACCACUGUUGCCACAACGACAACAACAGUGUCACCAACGACCACCACAGUUGCCCCAACGACCGUGUCACCCACGACCACAACAGUUGCCCCUACGACAAUGACAGUGUCACCCAUGACCACAACAGUUGCCCCUACGACAACGACAGUGUCACCCACAACCACAACAGCUGCCCCAACAAUAAAGUCAACCACAUCAAGCCCAACGACAAUGACAGUGUCACCCACCACCACCACAGUUGCCCCAACGACAGUGUCACCAACCACAACCACAGCUGCCCCAACGCCAGUGUCACCAACCGCCACCACAGCAGUCACAACGACAGUGUCACCCACCACCACAACGACAGUGCCACCCACCACCACAACGACAGUGCCACCAACCACCACAACAGUUGCUCCAACGACACUGUCACCAACCACCACCACAGCUGCCACAACAACAACGACAGUGUCAUCAACGACCACCACAGCUGCCCCAACAACAACUACAGUGUCACCAAGCAACACCACAGUUGCCACAACGACAGUGUCACCCACCACCACCACAGUUACCCCAACGACAACGACAAUGUCACCAACCUCCACCACAGCUGCCCCAACAACAACGACAGUGUCACCAAGCACCACCACAGUUGCCCCAACGACAACAACAGUGUCACCAACCACCACCACAGCUGCCCCAACAACAGAGUCAACCACAGCAGCCCCAACGACAGUGUCACCCACAACCACCACAGUUGCCACAACAACAAAGUCAACCACAGCAGCCCCAACGACAGUGUCACCGACAACCACCACUGUUGCCACAACGACAACAACAGUGUCACCAACGACCACCACAGUUGCCCCAACGACCGUGUCACCCACGACCACAACAGUUGCCCCUACGACAAUGACAGUGUCACCCAUGACCACAACAGUUGCCCCUACGACAACGACAGUGUCACCCACAACCACAACAGCUGCCCCAACAAUAAAGUCAACCACAUCAAGCCCAACGACAAUGACAGUGUCACCCACCACCAACACAGUUGCACCAACGACAGUGUCACCAACCACAACCACAGCAGUCACAACGACAGUGUCACCCACCACCACAACGACAGUGCCACCCACCACCACAACGACAGUGCCACCAACCACCACAACAGUUGCUCCAACGACAGUGCCACCAACCACCACCACAGCUGCCACAACAACAACGACAGUGUCAUCAACGACCACCACAGCUGCCCCAAAAACAACGACAAUGUCACCAACCACCACCACAGCUGCCCCAACAACAACUACAGUGUCACCAAGCAACACCACGGUUGCCCCAACGACAACGACAGUGUCACCCACCACCACCACAGUUACCCCAACGACAACGACAAUGUCACCAACCUCCACCACAGCUGCCCCAACAACAACGACAGUGUCACCAAGCACCACCACAGUUGCCCCAAUGACAACAACAGUGUCACCAACAACCACAACAGUUGCCCCAACGACCGUGUCACCCACGACCACAACAGUUGCCCCUACGACAACGACAGUGUCACCCAUGACCACAACAGUUGCCCCUACGACAACGACAGUGUCACCCACAACCACAACAGCUGCCCCAACAAUAAAGUCAACCACAUCAAGCCCAACGACAAUGACAGUGUCACCCACCACCACUACAGUUGCCCCAACGACAGUGUCACCAAGCACAACCACAGCUGCCCCAACGACAGUGUCACCAACCACCACCACACCAGUCACAACGACAGUGUCACCCACCACCACAACGACAGUGCCACCCACCACCACAACGACAGUGCCACCAACCACCACAACAGUUGCUCCAACGACAGUGACACCAACCACCACCACAGCUGCCACAACAACAACGACAGUGUCACCAACGACCACCACAGCUGCCCCAAAAACAACGACAAUGUCACCAACCACCACCACAGCUGCCCCAACAAUAACUACAGUGUCACCAAGCACCACCACAGUUGCCCCAACGACAACGACAGUGUCACCCACAACCACCACAGUUGCCACAACAACAAAGUCAACCACAGCAGCCCCAACGACAGUGUCACCGACAACCACCACUGUUGCCACAACGACAACAACAGUGUCACCAACGACCACCACAGUUGCCCCAACGACCAUGUCACCCACGACCACAACAGUUGCCCCUACGACAACGACAGUGUCACCCAUGACCACAACAGUUGCCCCUACGACAAAGACAGUGUCACCCACAACCACAACAGCUGCCCCAACAAUAAAGUCAACCACAUCAAGCCCAACGACAAUGACAGUGUCACCCACCACCACCACAGUUGCCCCAAUGACAGUGUCACCAACCACAACCACAGCUGCCUCAACGACAGUGUCACCAACCGCCACCACAGCAGUCACAACGACAGUGUCACCCACCACCACAACGACAGUGCCACCCACCACCACAACGACAGUGCCACCAACCACCACAACGACAGUGCCACCAACCACCACAACGACAGUGCCACCAACCACCACAACAGUUGCUCCAACGACAAUGACACCAACCACCACCACAGCUGCCACAACAACAACGACAGUGUCAUCAACGACCACCACAGCUGCCCCAAAAACAAAGACAAUGUCACCAACCACCACCAAAGCUGCCCCAACAACAACUACAGUGUCACCAAGCACCAACACAGUUGCCCCAACGACAACGACAGUGUCACCCACCACCACCACAGUUACCCCAACGAAAACGACAAUGUCACCAACCACCACCACAGCUGCCCCAAAAACAACGACAGUGUCACCAAGCACCACCACAGUUGCCCCAACGACAACAACAGUGUCACCAACAACCACAACAGAUGCCCCAACGACAAAGACAGUGUCACCCACCACCACCACAGCUGCCCCAACAACAGAGUCAACCACAGCAGCCCCAACGACAACGACAGUGUCACCCACAACCACCACAGUUGCCACAACAACAAAAUCAACAACAGCAGCCCCAACGACAGUGUCACCGACAACCACCACUGUUGCCACAACGACAACAACAGUGUCACCAACGACCACCACAGUUGCCCCAACAACUGUGUCACCCACGACCACAACAGUUGCCCCUACGACAACGACAGUGUCACCCAUGACCACAACAGUUGCCCCUACGACAACGACAGUGUCACCCACAACCACAACAGCUGCCCCAACAAUAAAGUCCACCACAUCAAGCCCAACGACAAUGACAGUGUCACCCACCACCACCACAGUUGCCCCAACGACAUUGUCACAAACCACAACCACAGCUGCCCCAACGACAGUGUCACCAACCGCCACCACAGCAGUCACAACGACAGUGUCACCCACCACCACAACGAUAGUGCCACCCACCCCCACAACGACAGUGCCACCCACCACCACAACGACAGUGCCACCAACCACCACAACAGUUGCUCCAACGACAGUGUCACCAACGACAACCACAGCUGCCCCAAAAACAACGACAAUGUCACCAACCACCACCACAGCUGACCCAACAACAACUACAGUGUCACCAAGCACCACCACAGUUGCCCCAACGACAACGACAGUGUCACCCACCACCACCACAGUUACCACAACGACAAUGUCACCAACGACAGUGUCACCAACCGCCACCACAGCAGUCACAACGACAGUGUCACCCACCACCACAACGAUAGUGCCACCCACCACCACAACGACAGUGCCACCCACCACCACAACGACAGUGCCACCAACCACCACAACAGUUGCUCCAACGACAGUGACACCAACCACCACCACAGCUGCCACAACAACAACGACAGUGUCACCAACGACAACCACAGCUGCCCCAAAAACAACGACAAUGUCACCAACCACCACCACAGCUGACCCAACAACAACUACAGUGUCACCAAGCACCACCACAGUUGCCCCAACGACAGUGUCACCCACCACCACCACAGUUACCACAACGACAAUGUCACCAACCACCACCACAGCUGCCCCAACAACAACGACAGUGUCACCAAGCACCACCACAGUUGCCCCAACGACAGUGUCACCAACCACAACCACAGCUGCCCCAACGACAGUGUCACCAACCGCCACCACAGCAGUCACAUUGACAGUGUCACCCACCACCACAACGACAGUGCCACCCACCACCACAACGACAGUGCCACCAACCACCACAACAGUUGCUCCAACGACAGUGACACCAACCACUACCACAGCUGCCACAACAACAACAACAGUGUCAUCAACGACCACCACAGCUGCCCCAAAAACAACGACAAUGUCACCAACCACCACCACAGCUGCCCCAACAACAACUACAGUGUCACCAAGCAACACCACAGUUGCCCCAACAACAAUGACAGUGUCACCCACCACCACCACAGUUACCCCAACGACAACGACAAUGUCACAAACCUCCACCACAGCUGCCCCAACAACAACGACAGUAUCACCAAGCACCACCACAGUUGCCCCAACGACAACAACAGUGUCACCAACAACCACAACAGAUGCCCCAACGACAACGACAGUGUCACCAACCACCACCACAGCUGCCCCAACAACAGAGUCAACCACAGCAGCCCCAACGACAACGACAGUGUCACCCACAACCACCACUGUUGCCACAACGACAGCAACAGUGUCACCAACGACCAUCACAGUUGCCCCAACGACCGUGUCACCCACGACCACAACAGUUGCCCCUACGACAACGACAGUGUCACCCAUGACCACAACAGUUGCCCCUACGACAACGACAGUGUCACCCACAACCACAACAGCUGCCCCAACAAUAAAGUCAACCACAUCAAGCCCAAAGACAAUGACAGUGUCACCCACCACCACCACAGUUGCCCCAACGACAGUGUCACCAACCACAACCACAGCUGCCCCAACGACAGUGUCACCAACCGCCACCACACCAGUCACAACGACAGUGUCACCCACCACCACAAUGACAGUGCCACCCACCACCACAACGACAGUGCCACCAACCACCACAACAGUUGCUCCAACGACAGUGACACCAACCACCACCACAGCUGCCACAACAACAACGACAGUGUCACCAACGACCACCACAGCUGCCCCAAAAACAACGACAAUGUCACCCACAACCACCACAGUUGCCACAACAACAAAGUCAACCACAGCAGCCCCAACGACAGUGUCACCGACAACCACCACUGUUGCCACAACGACAACAACAGUGUCACCAACGACCACCACAGUUGCCCCAACGACCAUGUCACCCACGACCACAACAGUUGCCCCUACGACAACGACAGUGUCACCCAUGACCACAACAGUUGCCCCUACGACAAAGACAGUGUCACCCACAACCACAACAGCUGCCCCAACAAUAAAGUCAACCACAUCAAGCCCAACGACAAUGACAGUGUCACCCACCACCACCACAGUUGCCCCAAUGACAGUGUCACCAACCACAACCACAGCUGCCUCAACGACAGUGUCACCAACCGCCACCACAGCAGUCACAACGACAGUGUCACCCACCACCACAACGACAGUGCCACCCACCACCACAACGACAGUGCCACCAACCACCACAACGACAGUGCCACCAACCACCACAACGACAGUGCCACCAACCACCACAACAGUUGCUCCAACGACAGUGACACCAACCACCACCACAGCUGCCACAACAACAACGACAGUGUCACCAACGACCACCACAGAUGCCCCAAAAACAACGACAAUGUCACCAACCACCACCACAGCUGCCCCAACAACAACUACACUGUCACCAAGCACCAACACAGUUGCCCCAACGACAACGACAGUGUCACCCACCACCACCACAGUUACCCCAACGACAAUGUCACCAACCACCACCACAGCUGCCCCAACAACAACGACAGUGUCACCAACAACCACAACAGAUGCCCCAACGACAACGACAGUGUCACCCACCACCACCACAGCUGCCCCAACAACAGAGUCAACCACAGCAGCCCCAACGACAACGACAGUGUCACCCACAACCACCACAGUUGCCACAACAACAAAAUCAACAACAGCAGCCCCAACGACAGUGUCACCGACAACCACCACUGUUGCCACAACGACAACAACAGUGUCACCAACGACCACCACAGUUGCCCCAACAACUGUGUCACCCACGACCACAACAUCCACCACAUCAAGCCCAACGACAAUGACAGUGUCACCCACCACCACCACAGUUGCCCCAACGACAGUGUCACCAACCACAACCACAGCUGCCCCAACGACAGUGUCACCAACCGCCACCACAGCAGUCACAACGACAGUGUCACCCACCACCACAACGAUAGUGCCACCCACCACCACAACGACAGUGCCACCCACCACCACAACGACAGUGCCACCAACCACCACAACAGUUGCUCCAACGACAGUGGCACCAACCACCACCACAGCUGCCACAACAACAACGACAGUGUCACCAACGACAACCACAGCUGCCCCAAAAACAACGACAAUGUCACCAACCACCACCACAGCUGACCCAACAACAACUACAGUGUCACCAAGCACCACCACAGUUGCCCCAACGACAACGACAGUGUCACCCACCACCACCACAGUUACCACAACGACAAUGUCACCAACCACCACCACAGCUGCCCCAACAACAACGACAGUGUCACCAAGCACCACCACAGUUGCCCCAACGACAGUGUCACCAACCACAACCACAGCUGCCCCAACGACAGUGUCACCAACCGCCACCACAGCAGUCACAUUGACAGUGUCACCCACCACCACAACGACAGUGCCACCCACCACCACAACGACAGUGCCACCAACCACCACAACAGUUGCUCCAACGACAGUGACACCAACCACUACCACAGCUGCCACAACAACAACAACAGUGUCAUCAACGACCACCACAGCUGCCCCAGAAACAACGACAAUGUCACCAACCACCACCACAGCUGCCCCAACAUCAACUACAGUGUCACCAAGCAACACCACAGUUGCCCCAACGACAAUGACAGUGUCACCCACCACCACCACAGUUACCCCAACGACAAUGUCACCAACCUCCACCACAGCUGCCCCAACAACAACGACAGCAUCACCAAGCACCACCACAGUUGCCCCAACGACAACAACAGUGUCACCAACAACCACAACAGAUGCCCCAACGACAGUGUCACCAACCACCACCACAGCUGCCCCAACAACAGAGUCAACCACAGCAGCCCCAACGACAACGACAGUGUCACCCACAACCACCACUGUUGCCACAACGACAACAACAGUGUCACCAACGACCAUCACAGUUGCCCCAACGACCGUGUCACCCACGACCACAACAGUUGCCCCUACGACAACGACAGUGUCACCCAUGACCACAACAGUUGCCCCUACGACAACGACAGUGUCACCCACAACCACAACAGCUGCCCCAACAAUAAAGUCAACCACAUCAAGCCCAACAACAACUACAGUGUCACCAAGCAACACCACAGUUGCCCCAACGACAAUGACAGUGUCACCCACCACCACCACAGUUACCCCAACGACAAUGUCACCAACCUUCACCACAGCUGCCCCAACAACAACGACAGUAUCACCAAGCACCACCACAGUUGCCCCAACGACAACAACAGUGUCACCAACAACCACAACAGAUGCCCCAACGACAACGACAGUGUCACCAACCACCACCACAGCUGCCCCAACAACAGAGUCAACCACAGCAGCCCCAACGACAACGACAGUGUCACCCACAACCACCACUGUUGCCACAACGACAACAACAGUGUCACAAACGACCAUCACAGUUGCCCCAACGACCGUGUCACCCACGACCACAACAGUUGCCCCUACGACAACGACAGUGUCACCCAUGACCACAACAGUUGCCCCUACGACAACGACAGUGUCACCCACAACCACAACAGCUGCCCCAACAAUAAAGUCAACCACAUCAAGCCCAAAGACAAUGACAGUGUCACCCACCACCACCACAGUUGCCCCAACGACAGUGUCACCAACCACAACCACAGCUGCCCCAACGACAGUGUCACCAACCGCCACCACACCAGUCACAACGACAGUGUCACCCACCACCACAAUGACAGUGCCACCCACCACCACAACGACAGUGCCACCAACCACCACAACAGUUGCUCCAACGACAGUGACACCAACCACCACCACAGCUGCCACAACAACAACGACAGUGUCACCAACGACCACCACAGCUGCCCCAAAAACAACGACAAUGUCACCCACAACCACCACAGUUGCCACAACAACAAAGUCAACCACAGCAGCCCCAACGACAGUGUCACCGACAACCACCACUGUUGCCACAACGACAACAACAGUGUCACCAACGACCACCACAGUUGCCCCAACGACCAUGUCACCCACGACCACAACAGUUGCCCCUACGACAACGACAGUGUCACCCAUGACCACAACAGUUGCCCCUACGACAAAGACAGUGUCACCCACAACCACAACAGCUGCCCCAACAAUAAAGUCAACCACAUCAAGCCCAACGACAAUGACAGUGUCACCCACCACCACCACAGUUGCCCCAAUGAAAGUGUCACCAACCACAACCACAGCUGCCUCAACGACAGUGUCACCAACCGCCACCACAGCAGUCACAACGACAGUGUCACCCACCACCACAACGACAGUGCCACCCACCACCACAACGACAGUGCCACCAACCACCACAACGACAGUGCCACCAACCACCACAACGACAGUGCCACCAACCACCACAACAGUUGCUCCAACGACAGUGACACCAACCACCACCACAGCUGCCACAACAACAACGACAGUGUCAUCAACGACCACCACAGCUGCCCCAAAAACAACGACAAUGUCACCAACCACCACCACAGCUGCCCCAACAACAACUACAGUGUCACCAAGCACCAACACAGUUGCCCCAACGACAACGACAGUGUCACCCACCACCACCACAGUUACCCCAACGACAAUGUCACCAACCACCACCACAGCUGCCCCAACAACAACGACAGUGUCACCAAGCACCACCACAGUUGCCCCAACGACAACAACAGUGUCACCAACAACCACAACAGAUGCCCCAACGACAACGACAGUGUCACCCACCACCACCACAGCUGCCCCAACAACAGAGUCAACCACAGCAGCCCCAACGACAACGACAGUGUCACCCACAACCACCACAGUUGCCACAACAACAAAAUCAACAACAGCAGCCCCAACGACAGUGUCACCGACAACCACCACUGUUGCCACAACGACAACAACAGUGUCACCAACGACCACCACAGUUGCCCCAACAACUGUGUCACCCACGACCACAACAGUUGCCCCUACGACAACGACAGUGUCACCCACAACCACAACAGCUGCCCCAACAAUAAAGUCCACCACAUCAAGCCCAACGACAAUGACAGUGUCACCCACCACCACCACAGUUGCCCCAACGACAGUGUCACCAACCACAACCACAGCUGCCCCAACUACAGUGUCACCAACCGCCACCACAGCAGUCACAACGACAGUGUCACCCACCACCACAACGAUAGUGCCACCCACCACCACAACGACAGUGCCACCCACCACCACAACGACAGUGCCACCAACCACCACAACAGUUGCUCCAACGACAGUGACACCAACCACCACCACAGCUGCCACAACAACAACGACAGUGUCACCAACGACAACCACAGCUGCCCCAAAAACAACGACAAUGUCACCAACCACCACCACAGCUGACCCAACAACAACUACAGUGUCACCAAGCACCACCACAGUUGCCCCAACGACAACGACAGUGUCACCCACCACCACCACAGUUACCACAACGACAAUGUCACCAACCACCACCACAGCUGCCCCAACAACAACGACAGUGUCACCAAGCACCACCACAGUUGCCCCAAUGACAGUGUCACCAACCACAACCACAGCUGCCCCAACGACAGUGUCACCAACCGCCACCACAGCAGUCUCAUUGACAGUGUCACCCACCACCACAACGACAGUGCCACCCACCACCACAACGACAGUGCCACCAACCACCACAACAGUUGCUCCAACGACAGUGACACCAACCACUACCACAGCUGCCACAACAACAACAACAGUGUCAUCAACGACCACCACAGCUGCCCCAGAAACAACGACAAUGUCACCAACCACCACCACAGCUGCCCCAACAACAACUACAGUGUCACCAAGCAACACCACAGUUGCCCCAACGACAAUGACAGUGUCACCCACCACCACCACAGUUACCCCAACGACAACGACAAUGUCACCAACCUCCACCACAGCUGCCCCAACAACAACGACAGUAUCACCAAGCACCACCACAGUUGCCCCAACGACAACAACAGUGUCACCAACAACCACAACAGAUGCCCCAACGACAGUGUCACCAACCACCACCACAGCUGCCCCAACAACAGAGUCAACCACAGCAGCCCCAACGACAACGACAGUGUCACCCACAACCACCACUGUUGCCACAACGACAACAACAGUGUCACCAACGACCAUCACAGUUGCCCCAACGACCGUGUCACCCACGACCACAACAGUUGCCCCUACGACAACGACAGUGUCACCCAUGACCACAACAGUUGCCCCUACGACAACGACAGUGUCACCCACAACCACAACAGCUGCCCCAACAAUAAAGUCAACCACAUCAAGCCCAACGACAAUGACAGUGUCACCCACCACCACCACAGUUGCCCCAACGACAGUGUCACCAACCACAACCACAGCUGCCCCAACGACAGUGUCACCAACCGCCACCACACCAGUCACAACGACAGUGUCACCCACCACCACAAUGACAGUGCCACCCACCACCACAACGACAGUGCCACCAACCACCACAACAGUUGCUCCAACGACAGUGACACCAACCACCACCACAGCUGCCACAACAACAACGACAGUGUCACCAACGACCACCACAGCUGCCCCAAAAACAACGACAAUGUCACCAACCACCACCACAGCUGCCCCAACAAUAACUACAGUGUCACCAAGCACCACCACAGUUGCCCCAACGACAAGCACAGUGUCACCCACAACCACCACAGUUGCCACAACAACAAAGUCAACCACAGCAGCCCCAACGACAGUGUCACCGACAACCACCACUGUUGCCACAACGACAACAACAGUGUCACCAACGACCACCACAGUUGCCCCAACGACCGUGUCACUCACGACCACAACAGUUGCCCCUACGACAACGACAGUGUCACCCAUGACCACAACAGUUGCCCCUACGACAACGCCAGUGUCACCCACAACCACAACAGCUGCCCCAACAAUAAAGUCAACCACAUCAAGCCCAACGACAAUGACAGUGUCACCCACCACCACCACAGUUGCCCCAAUGACAGUGUCACCAACCACAACCACAGCUGCCCCAACGACAGUGUCACCAACCGCCACCACAGCAGUCACAACGACAGUGUCACCCACCACCACAACGACAGUGCCACCCACCACCACAACGACAGUGCCACCAACCACCACAACGACAGUGCCACCAACCACCACAACGACAGUGCCACCAACCACCACAACAGUUGCUCCAACAACAACGACAGUGUCAUCAACGACCACCACAGCUGCCCCAAAAACAACGACAAUGUCACCAACCACCACCACAGCUGCCCCAACAACAACUACAGUGUCACCAAGCACCAACACAGUUGCCCCACCGACAACGACAGUGUCACCCACCACCACCACAGUUACCCCAACGACAACGACAAUGUCACCAACCACCACCACAGCUGCCCCAACAACAACGACAGUGUCACCAAGCACCACCACAGUUGCCCCAACGACAACAACAGUGUCACCAACAACCACAACAGAUGCCCCAACGACAACGACAGUGUCACCCACCACCACCACAGCUGCCCCAACAACAGAGUCGACCACAGCAGCCCCAACGACAACGACAGUGUCACCCACAACCACCACAGUUGCCACAACAACAAAGUCAACAACAGCAGCCCCAACGACAGUGUCACCGACAACCACCACUGUUGCCACAACGACAACAACAGUGUCACCAACGACCACCACAGUUGCCCCAACGACCGUGUCACGCACGACCACAACAGUUGCCCCUACGACAACGACAGUGUCACCCAUGACCACAACAGUUGCCCCUACGACAACGAUAGUGUCACCCACAACCACAACAGCUGCCCCAACAAUAAAGUCAACCACAUCAAGCCCAACGACAAUGACAGUGUCACCCACCACCAUCACAGUUGCCCCAACGACAGUGUCACCAACCACAACCACAGCUGCCCCAACGACAGUGUCACCAACCGCCACCACACCAGUCACAACGACAGUGUCACCCUCCACCACAAGGACAGUGCCACCCACCACCACAACGACAGUGCCACCAACCACCACAACAGUUGCUCCAACGACAGUGACACCAACCACCACCACAGCUGCCACAACAACAACGACAGUGUCACCAACGACAACCACAGCUGCCCCAAAAACAACGACAAUGUCACCAACCACCACCACAGCUGCCCCAACAACAACUACAGUGUCACCAAGCACCACCACAGUUGCCCCAACGACAACGACAGUGUCACCCACCACCACCACAGUUACCCCAACGACAACGACAAUGUCACCAACCACCACCACAGCUGCCCCAACAACAACGACAGUGUCACCAAGCACCACCACAGUUGCCCCAACGACAGAGUCAACCACCACAAUAGUUGCCACAACGACAGUGUCACCAACCACCACAACAGCUGCCCCAACGACAGAGUCAACCACCACAACAGUUGCCCCAACGACAACGACAGUGUCACCAGCCACCACCACAGCAGCCCCAACAACAACGAUAGUGUCACCCACCACCACAAUAGUUUCCCCAACGACAACCACAGUGUCACCAACCCCAACUACAGUGUCACCAACCACCACAACAGCUGCCCCAACCACCACCACAGUUGCAUCAACGACAGGGUCACAAACCACCACAACAGCUGCCCCAACGACAACGACAGUGUCACCCACAACUGCCCCAACGUAUGAGUCAACUACCACAACAGUUGCCCAAACAACAACAACAGUGUCACCAACCACCACAACAGUUGCCCCAACUACAACGACAGUGUCACCAACCACCACCACAGCAGCCACAACAACAGUGUCACCCACCACCACCACAGUUGCCCUAACGACAGUGUCACCCACCACCCCCACAGUUUCCCCAACAACAACGACAUUGUCACCAACCACCACCACAGCAGCCCUAAUGACAACGACAGUGUCACCCACCACCACCACAGUUGCCCUGACGACAAUGACAUUGUCACCAACCACCACAACAGUUGCGACAACAACAGUGUCACCCACCACCACCACCACUGUUGCUACAACGACAGAGUCAAUCACCACCACAACAGUUGUCCCUACAACAACGACUGUGUCACACACCACCACCACAGCAGCCCCAAUGACAACGAUAGUGUCACCCACCACCACUAUAGUUGCCCCACCGACAACGACAGUGUCACCAACCACAACCACAGUUGCACCAACAACAAAGACAGUGUCACCAACCACCAACACAGCUGCCCCAAUUGCAGAGUCAACCACUACAACAGUUGCCCCAAUGACAGUGUCCCCAACCACAGCUUCCCCAACGACAGAGUCAACCACCACAACAGUUGCUCCAACGACAACAACAGAGCCACCGACCAGAACCACAGCUCCACCAAUGACAACAAUAGAGCCACCGACCACCAACACAACUCCACCAACGACAAUGCCAAUGACACAGACACGGGUGACUGCCUCCACCACCGCUGUCCCAACAACAAAGUCUGCUGUCUCAACGACUCAGCUAACGACACAGACACGGGUGACAGCCUCCACCAUCGCUGUCCCAACAACAGAGUCUGCUGUCUCAACGAAAACGCCAAUGACACAGACAGAGAUGACGCUCUCCACCAUCUAUGUCCCAACAACAGAUUCUGCUGUCUCAACGACACUGCCAACAACACAGACACAGGUGACAGCCUCCACCACCGCUGUCCCAACAACAGAGUCUGCUGUCUCAACAAAAACGCCAAUGACACAAACACAGGUGACGCUCUCCACCAUCUAUGUCCCAACAACAGAUUCUGCUAUCUCAACAACACUGCCAACGACACAGACACAGGUGACAGCCUCCACCACCGCUUUCCCAACAACAAAGUCUGCCGUCUCAACGACACAGGCCGCCACCACCCCUGCUUUCCCAACAACAACGCCAAUGACACAGACACAAGUGACGGGCUCCACCACCGCUUUCCCAACAACAGAAUCUGCUGUCUCAACGACACUGCCAACGACACAGACACAGGUGACGGCCUCCACCACCGCUUUCCCAACAACAAAAUCUGUUGUCACAACAAAAACUCCAAUGACACAGACACAGGUGACAGCCUCCACCAUCUAUGUCCCAACAACAAAGUCUGCUGUCUCAACGACACAGUCCGCAACCACCCCUGCUUUCCCAACAACAACGCCAAUGACACUGACACAGGUGACGGCCUCCACCACCGCUGUCCCAACAACAGAAUCUGCUGUCUCAAUGACACUGCCACAGACACAGGUGACGGCCUCCACCACCGCUUUCCCAACAACAAAAUCUGUUGUCACAACGAAAACGCCAAUGACACAGACACAGGUGACAGCCUCCACCAUCUAUGUCCCAACAACAAAGUCUGCUGUCUCAACGACACAGUCCGCAACCACCCCUGCUUUUCCAACGAAAACGCCAAUGACACAGACACAGGUGACGGCCUCCACCAUCUAUGUCCCAACAACAGAGUCUGCUGUCUUAACAACACAGGCCACCACCACCCCCGCUGUCCCAACAACAACGCCAAUGACACAGACACAGGUGACGGCCUCCACCAUCUAUGUCCCAACAACAAAGUCUGCUGUCUCAACGACACAGGCCGCCACCACCCCUGCUUUCCCAACUACAACGCCAAUGACACAGACACAGGUGAUGGUCUCCACUACCGCUUUCCCAACAACAAAGUAUGUAGUCACAACGAAAACGCCAAUGACACAGACACAGGUGACGGCCUCCACCAUCUAUGUCCCAACAACAGAGUCUGCUGUCUCAAUGACACAGGCCGCCACCCCCGCUGUCCCAACAACAACACCAAUGACACAGACGACGGCGUCCACCACCGCUGUCCCAACAACAGAGUAUGCUGUCUCAACGAUACACCCAAUGACACAGCCACAGACAACGGCCACCACCACUCCCACUGUCACAACGACAGCACCAACGACACAGGCAACGUCCGCCACCACCCAGCCUAGGACAACAGAGUCACUGACCUACAACAGCAUAACUGCCCCAAUUACAACAACAACAGUGUUACAGACCACCACCACAGCUGCCCCGACGACAACAACAAAGUCACCGACCACCAUCACAGUUGCCCCAAUGACAACAACAGCACAGCCAACGAAAUCAACAGAGUCACCUACCACCACCAUCCCAAUGACACCACCACCACAGCUGCCAACAACAACAGAUUCACUGACCACCACCACUGUUGUACCAACAACAACAGAGCCACCAACCACCACCAUCCCAAUGACACCACCACCACAGCUGCCAACAACAGAUUCACUGAACACCACCACUGUUGUAGUUACAACAACACAACAGAAAACAACAACAACAGAGCCACCAACCACCACUGCUGUUCCAACAACAAACUGAGAUCCAUCUUGACCAGAUAUCAAUAACCACCAAUGUCAAUUUAAUCAGCUUAUCUUCUUUCCAUCCCAUAUCCGUUUUCAAAUCAAAAAUGGCAAUGAAAUAAACAAAUCGUAUUUUCAUUUAUUGUUUCCAUUCAUAAAAUGAAAAAAUGAAAGGCUGCUUUAUUUUUCUAUUUUUUUAACUAAGGAGCUACCUUUUCUCACCACAUUUGCAAACGUUAAUGGUGGUGGGAGCAAAGACACGAAAAAACAUAACAUUAACCAGUAUUUACACAAUCAUGGGGAAGACUGCUGACUUGACAGUUGCCCAAAAGAUGACCAUUGACACCUUGUGUCCAAGCAAAUUAAUAAAGAGGCAAUGGGAAGGAAAAGAUGAUGUAGAUAAAAAGUGAACAAGCAAUAGGAAUAACUGCACCCUGGAGAGGAUUGUCAAACAAAACCCAUUAAAAAAUGUUGGGGAGAAUAAGAAAGAAAAUCUAUGGGCUAUUGUGAAGAGGAAGAUGCAAUAUGCCAGACCCAACAAUGCAGAAAAGCUAAAGACCACUUUCAGAGCAACCUGGGCUCUCAUAACACCUGAGCAGUGCCACAAACUGAUCGACUCCAUGCCACGCCGCAUUACUGCAGUAAUUCAGGCAAAGUGAGCCCCAACUAAGUAUUGAGUGCUGUACAUGGUCAUACUUUUCAUGUUCAUACUUUUCUGUUGGCCCAGAUUUCUAAAAAUCCUUUCUUUAGAUUGCUCCUAAGUAAUAUUCUAAUUUUCUGAUAUACUGAAUUUGGGAUUUUCCUUAGUUGUCAGCUAUAAUCAUCAAAAUUAAAAUAAAUAAACAUUCAAAAUAUAUCAGUCUGUGUGUAAUGACUGAAUAUAAUAUACAAGUUUCACUUUUUGAAUGGAAUUAGUAAAAUAAAUCAACUUUUUGAUAUUCUAAUUAAUUGACCAGCGCCUGUAUGUAUUUUCUGUUUGAGUGAGACAAAUAAAGUAAAACCUCUAGAUCUCGCUUUAUAUAUAUUUUACAUUGUUAUGGCUACCCACACAAAAUUCCUGACAGCAUACCAUCAUUUUAAUGAUCAGUUGUAAUUUAAAAGUUUUAGUUAAAAUUAAAAUAGAAUAUAAUUCUGGCUAACAAUAAUUUCAUUAUGACAUCAAAGCUUUCAUUAUGACAUAAUGGUAAUUGUGUGGUUGUCUUUUUGCAGUUAAGGUAAAUCCUUAUUACUUUUUUCUAAAAAUAAGUGAACUUAUCUGUUAAAACGCAUACAGUAUCAAUAAAUUGUGAUGCCAUUGCCAGGAGAUAAAACUACAGGUUUUAAAAAAGUUCUGCAUGGCUCACAAUCCUCCAAAAUCUCUAUAGUGAAAAAUCUUUAGUGCAUUUAAAACUGUCCUCUUAUUCGUUUGAAAUUAGAGGGUUGAAAAAUGUAUAAACAUUUGAUCACAACUGACCCAAAAUGUGGAUUCAGUAAAUAUUGUAAUUAUUAGAGCAGGCCAUUUUCUAUACAUUCUGUUAUCUUGGUAACCUUUUAUCUUAUUCGUUUUAUGUCUGUAUAAUUUUACUAUUCAUGUGUGCAUGGUUCUUUACUUACAUGAAAAUGUUUUCGCUUCUCCUGUGCCUGUAGUUUGUGCCGCGCUUCUCCUGUGCGGCUGUGCCAGUAGUUUGUUCUCGGUGCUUUAUUGAGGAGUUGGCGAAGUGACAUCCGCAGCCAGUGAAGCAGCAUCACACAUCUGUUAAAUCAUUCAUGUUUGCGUUUGUUCCUCUUGCACGUGUCUGAUCGGUAUCUUACAAAUGUGCACAUGUAUGUUAUUUUCACUAGGUGGCACUACACGACCUGAACAUGCAGUAAUUGUAAAAAAAAUUCUAUUCACAAAUACAUUGGAAAGAGAUGAAUUUUCAUUUGGACAAGCUGUAGCACUAUUUGGAGUAAUGCGUUUAAAAAUGUUUAAGAAAGCAUACAUUAUUUUAUGGUUUUCGCUUUGUGAUAGAUUAAAUGCACAAACAGAAUGUGUGUGUCGUGUGUGUUUGCUUGCGUGUUGGUAUUUGGUACGUGAUAUCUUGUUACCUGAGGUUAAUACGAUUUUUGUUUACUUUUCACCUAUGUACUACUUUCUUUCAUCCGUAAAUGUUUCAACAUUCUGUUACAUGACAGAUAAACAUUACUUUAAUAUAUUACUGAUUUCCCCAUAUGGCUUAUUUCUAAAUAUGCA